CAUAAUAAAGUGUGCGGAGUCCGAGGAGCUGCUGCCAGCGGCAGUGUUCAGGGUGGCACCGCACAAAUCGUGGGUGGGACGGCCGCCACACCGCUCGAGUUCCCCUGGCAGAUCUCCCUCCACCUCAUCCGGCUCCCGAACACAGAUAUGGGCCACAUCUGCGGCGGUUCCAUCAUCAACAAGCAAUACGUCGACACGGCGGCUCACUGCAUCCUACACGGCUACAAGUCUCCGUCAAACUAUAUUGUUGUGAUUGGCGACCAAAACCUCAACGUGGUAGAUCCCUACGAGCAAAGAAUCGCAGUGGCGAACAUCACGAUUCAUCCGCAAUGGAACCCUUCCACCCUGAACUACGAUUACGCCUUGCUGAAGCUGGCGAGACCGCUCAACUUUACGGGAAGCGAGAAGGCACUCAUGCCCAUCUGCCUUCCGACGCCCAACCAGGAAUUCGACGGAAUGACCUGCACCGCCAGCGGAUGGGGACGAACGAAGGACGUGACCCAGGGUGGAAGCCUAUCCCAAUCCCUUCAGAAGGUCGAUUUGCCCAUCGUGGCUUACAGAACCUGCCGCUAUUAUUACCGUUCCAUUAAUGAUGUUGUAGAAAACACCAUGAUCUGUGCCGGUCCGAAAGCCGGCGGAAAAGGAAGCUGUCAGGGCGACUCCGGGGGACCCCUGCAGUGCGCCAGGUCGGACGGCCGUUACGUGCUGGCCGGAAGUAUGUCGUGGGGCACGAAGUGUGCGGCACGCAGGCAGCCCUCUGUGUUAGCGCGAAUCUCUACUCAGGUCGACUGGAUCAAUAGCAUCGCCGGCCCGACACCGUGAAUUCGCCCUGGUUUCCAUCGAGCGCCCGCUGUCUUUUCUUUGCAUUAAAAACUGUCCGCGUACCUCAGCAAAACGUUAUUUUAAAGCCUAGGUGGUUCUUGCGUUUGGCUGUAUUUUUAUUAGAAAGCAGAGAAGAGCAGCAGACGUUGCUGUAAGGACGCUUCUGUCCAGGAGAAAGUACUCUCUGACUUGCGCACGAAACUGUUCUUUGUACCCGCUCACUCGAGAUGAGUCAGUUUUAAGUGAGGUGCAGCCACUGCGCAUGCCCACCGAGCCGACACCAGCGCCACCGCUCUGGCGUGACGUCAGGGCCGGCGCGUGUUGGUGUGUACGAUU